UUUCAGAGCUACAGAAAACAUGUCAAAUGAGAUUGUUCCUGUUGAUCCCAUCUUUGACGAAGAACCAAAGCCCAACAAACAACCAACCAUUAGCCAUGGAGAAAAAGAAGAAAGUAAGGGAGUUACAAGGUCACUUACUGACGGUGAAAGUAGUAGUUGUCGUAGUGGUCGGUAUGUUUCUGAAAUGUUUAACGGUGAAAGAUUGCCUCCUACUUUGGCUUCUGAAAUUCAAAGGUUUCUUAGAGUUGCUAACAUGCUGGAAUGGAAAGCCCCUCGUGUUGCUUAUCUUUAUUGGUAGAAGUUCAUUAAAAAAUGGGCAAAGUCUCAUCAGAAAAAAGAGAUCCCAAAAAUCAAAUACAAAAGCAACAACAGACUUAGGAAUAACAGUCCCUGAAACAGCAAAUAAUGCAAUAGCAAUAAUCGAAUACUUAGAUGCGAUGAGAAGUUCGAUCAACUGCAAGCUUGGCCAGGCUAUCCGUGAGAUCGUUGGUUUCACAAGAGAUGUCGGUAACAGACCAAUUCUCAGUUCUUUUCAUCAAGCAAUUAAUCUGUCUGAGAAUCCCUUUGAAAUGCCAACGAGUAGAGAAGGGUAGUUGAUCCUUAGUGAAGGUUUAUAAGUAUCUGAUUUCUCAAGUUUCAUUUGUUAUUCAUAAAAUAAAAUAAGAUAAAAUAUUUCUUAAGUUUUAUGAAAUUUUUUGUUGAAAAAAGUUAUAUUUUUAACAAAUAUUUGAUUUGUUAUGAAUAUUUUUGUGAACAUCCAUUUAUUCUAUCUAUAUCUAGAUUUGAUAUAAAUUAGAUUGGAUUA